AAGCAUGAUUAAUGACCUGACAAAAGGUUUUGCAUACACACAAUGUCUUUUGUUGAAAGGCUGUGAAAUCUAACAGCACACACAUUUAGCUUUACUUUCUCAGCUGGACUGGUGUGAGACUCAUCUCAUCGUGAAACAUGAAGAAAACGAAUGUCGACCCGAUCCUCAUCGUCUUACUACUUAGUCUUUUAAUUCCUGGAAAUACAGAAAGUGGCAGUUUGGCUUUUAACGAUAAGCCUCAGCUCGUUCUUCCAGAGUCCUACAAUAUUGGCUGGAUGAAGGAGCUGGAUGGUGACACUCUCCUGUCUGACAUCACCAUUCCUGGAACGCAUGAUACCAUGGCACUUCAUGGAGGACCAGCGGCUGAGUGCCAGGCUUGGAUCCUGGAGGACCAGCUGAAGGCAGGGAUCCGCUACCUGGACCUCCGUGUGUACGCUUACGAAGACACGCUGUACCUCAUGCACGGGAUCGUCUAUGAACACUCCACAUUCAUCAAGGCUCUCACCGCACUCAAGGCCUUCCUGUCGGAGUUCCCAAGUGAGACGGUUCUCGUCCGACUUAAACCCGAUUUGUUUGAUAAAAGUAAAGUACAGGAAUUGUUUGAAAAGCUGAUCGAGGGUGACAGCAAUGUCUGGGUGAAGUCUACAAUACCACGACUGGAUGAAGUAAGAGGAAAGAUCGUGUUUAUACAGGAAGGAAGCUUUUUGCUCGGAUUGCAACUGAAGGAAACUGACAAGAAAGGGGACUACAAGGUCACUCACAUUGAGGACAAGGAGAAAAUAACCCUUCAGAACCUCAAACUAGCCAUGAAGGAGUGUGGAGGAAAUUCUGUCGUCCUCACCUAUUCCAGUGGCACGGGCAUCGGCACGUUUAAAGGCAUGUUUUUAACCCCCAAAAAAGUGGCGGAGAAGAUCGACCCAUGGCUGUACGAUUACCUACAAAUGCUGAUUGCUGAAGGAUCUGCACUGUGUUUCGGGGUCAUAGCCAUGGACUUUCCAGGCUUUGACCUCAUACAAACGGUCAUCAUGUUUAAUAAAUAGCUUCGCAGGUUUGCUUGAAAUUCUAAUGAAAAUUAAUGGUUUGCAUAUUUCCAAAUAAAGAUUCAAUCAUCCAUUGAUCUCUUUUUUCAAAUAAAUCUGUUAAUCUUGUCUUACCUUACCUUACCUUAGUAAGAAUAUAUAUAUAUAAUUAUUAUUUUGAUCAUAUGAUUGUAUUGAAUUCAGAAUAAAGUGGCAGCAAAAUGAAAAGUAAAGUGAUUUCUCCAGAAACUAUUUAUCUACUACACUUAAAUAAUGAAGUAAGUGUUACAGGAUGUAAUGGAUCAUGCGAUCGACAGUUGAUUGCUCAUGCCUUGUUGUUGGUUUGCGGCUAGCUUGCUGCUCUGUUGUCAAUACAAUUGCUGAGUUACA